AUGGCUGAUGUGGAGGCACAAUUAGAGGCUAAUGGUCUACCGACACAAUUUGAGUCAACAUCAAACCAACCAGAAGUGUCGCAUGCUGCCGCGAAUGUCACUGCCACUAUAUCCAAUGCGGAGAUAUCACAAGUGAAACAGCAAGCACCUGCUCUGGAAGUGAAUACAAUAUCGAAACCAGUUCAGCCCGUCGAGCCAACACCACAACAACCGCCGGAUCCUGCGCCGCUUAAGAAUGACGUGUCACUACAACAGAACGGCGAUGCGGCGCAGGUGUUGGAUAACGCGAGUGUCAACGGCAACUCCGGAAAGAAUACCAACAGUAUAAAUUCCGCGAGCGACCUGACCUUAGACAAUUCUUCUCUUUCCAACUCAUUAUCGCUGGCCCCACAGUCCUCAAAUCCCGUCAUAGAGAUGUCAACAAUAACCGAACCUCUUACGCAACACGAUCCCAUGCCUGAUCAGGCACCAAUAUCAGACCUGCGCACUGCGCCACAUUCGGAUGCGCUGUCUGAUGAGGCUGUCGCUAAUGUGGAAGCAGCCAAGCAUGAGAUGGAUAACAACGCAGAUAGUGAACCCUCAACAACUGCCCUACGACAACCUGAAUUGCCGUUGUCGCCUACUGAGAAGGAAACCGGUUUACGGACUCCACAAUCCCCGCCCCCCGUAUCUGAGCUCGUACCCACCACAACCGUAGAGUCGCAAAAUGGCGCCAUCGUUCCAUCGGUUGAGUCUGUGGAUGCCACAGUCUCUGGCGAGAAUCCGUCGGAUCCAGCUCCAAACCCCGCUGUUCCUGCUGGUGAGCCUCAGGAUCAGGAAAUGACCGACGUCCCUUCUCAGCCUGUAAAGCAUGAAAGAGAUGAAGAUACAUCUGAUGAACCACUAGCCAAGCGAAUGAAGACAGAAGACGAGGCUGCGCCAGUCCAGGAAUCAAACUUCAAAGUACCUGCAAGUCCUGCGCCCUUAAACAGUGGUCCAAUGCCUACAGAACCAACCGGACCGGAUGAUGUUGUGACGCCAGCGAGAUUACAACACAUGAAGAAGGUUAUCUCUAAUCUGAAGAAGAGUAACGCAUCUCAGGCCUUCCGCAUACCUGUGGACCCUGUUGCCUUGAAAAUUCCAACAUAUCCGGAUGUCAUUAAGAAGCCAAUGGAUCUGAGCAAAAUCGACAACAGACUGAAGCUGAACCAGUACGCAUCUGUCGUAGCCUUCAAGAACGAUUUCAAUCAGAUUGUUCAGAAUGCUGUGGAUUUCAAUGGACCGGAUCACACUGUGACACAAGCAGGAAGAAAGAUGGAAAGUUCUUUCAUCAACCAAAUGACUCAACUGCCAGCAGCUGCUCUAGCUGAGCCUAAGGUGGAAAAGAAGGCGAUCAAACCCAAGAUAGAGCCUGUCAGAUCACCUGCACCAAGAAGACAAUCCGUCACUGGCAAGGCGGCAUCACCUGCCGCCUCCCCAGCAACCUUUGCCCCUGAUCCCAACGGCAUGCCGUUGAUUCGACGAGACUCCGCUCUGGAUCGACCGAAGAGAGCCAUCGUGCCAACUAAGCGCAGCUCAGACUUCGGUAGCGCACGACCAAAGAAGAAGAAGUAUGAGCUGGAGAUGCGGUUUUGCGAUGAAGUUCUCAAGAUAAUCAGCUCCCCGAAGCACUGGGCCGCCAAUCAAUACUUCACGCAUCCUGUGGAUCCAGUUGCCUUGAAUAUCCCAACGUAUUUCCAGGUUGUCAAGAAGCCCAUGGAUCUACACACUAUCCGUCAAAAGCUCGACGCAGCCAUGUACGAGAGAGCCAAGGACUUUGAGGAUGAUGUGCGCUUGAUCUUCAAGAAUUGCUACAAGUUCAACCCAGAAGGUGACUAUGUUUAUCAGCGAGGUCAAGAGUUGGAGAGACUGUUCGAGCAGGAGUUCAGCAAGAAGCAGGACUGGAUUGCAGCACGUGAGCCUGACUCAGAGCCUGCUAGCGUUGGUGGUGACGAUGACGACGAAGAGAGCGAGGAAGAGCCCGACGCCGAAAGCGAUGAGGAUGACCAAAGCAAUCAGCUUACCUCACUUCAAAAACAGCUUGAAGCUAUUCGAGGUCAGAUGGCGCAGCUCGAGAAGAGCAAGAAGAAAAAGGCCAGUCCAGGAGUAUCGCAAAAGAAGGACAAGAAGAAGGACAAGAAGCAGCAGCCAAGCGCAAAGUUCCCAGGCCUGCAGCUACAAAAGGACAAAUCGAAGAAGCCCCAUGGGAAAAAGGCUAAGCCUGAAAAGGAACGAUACGUCACCUUCGCAGAGAAGCAGUACAUUUCCAAUGGAAUUGCUAUGCUGCCUGAACGACCAAUGGCGGAAGCACUCAAGAUCAUCCAGUCGAGCGUGCCAACUCUGUCAAACAGUGAGCAAGGUGAGAUCGAACUCGACAUUGAGGAGGUGCCUAACUCUGCCUUGCUUAAGCUUCUCUCUUUUGUCAAGAAGUAUGCUGGUCCACCACCAGUGGAGGCGAGAGACGAUACGUAUGCCGGUGCAGCGGCGCCUAGCAAACCGAAGAAAGUCAAGACAAUGUCCAAGCAUGAGCAAGAUUUACAUAUCGCGGAGCUGAAGGGCACUCUGGGCCACUAUGAAGCUGGUUCUCCCGAUGCUCUGCAAUCCGUAGAGACUGGUGCCGAAGACUCCGACGAAGAUUCUGACAACGAGAGUGAGGAGGAGUAA